AUGUUUUUAAUUCUUCUUUACACUUUAGGAGCACUGGCAAAGAACUAUGCCAUCUUACUGAACUCGUCCAGAGGAUUCCAUAACUACAGACAUAUGGCGAACGUGUACAUUUUUUAUAAUGUUUUGAAAGAAAACGGGUUUGAUGAUGACCAGAUCCUAAUUAUCUCCUACGAAAAUCAAAUCCAGGACGUGAGAAAUGCCGACAAAAAAGGAGUGUAUAUAGACGAAGACCUGAGGAUUCCUUAUUCUGGAUUCCGGCCGACAAAAAAUGCUCUUGAAGAUCUCCUCAAUGCGAUUUCAGGCAACUGUGACAAGCUAAAGGAUGCAGACGAAUCCUCAAACGUCCUUGUGUAUCUUAACGGGCAUGGGAAUGAGACAUUCCUGAAGUUUGGGAGCAUUCAUUUCAUGACCAAAGACGAUAUCAUGGCAAGAAUACCAAAGCUGGCCAGAAGGGUCGGUAAGGUUCUACUUGUGGUUGAUACAUGCCAGGCAGAUGCUCUGGUUGAUAGGGAUGCCUUGCCAGACAAUGUGUUUGUAGUUGCGACAAGCAAAAUGGGCCAGCCGGCCAUUUCUUCAUUCAGUUCAUCAUUGAUAUGCGCAAACGUUGCCGACAAUUUCCCGUAUUUCUUCUUCAAAAGGUUUGGGGAGGGGAUUGAUGCAGAGGCCAAGCUUGCAGACUUAUUUGCUGAGCUCAACAAGGAACCUCUUGGGUCUGAGCUUGUAUUUGAUGAGGAAAAAGACUUCAGGUUUGGGGACUUCUUUGUACAGAACAACCGCUACGAGCUUCUUCCCUUCAGAGAAAGCUGA